CGAGAAAUAUUUUGGAAUAGCCUAAGUCCUUGAAAAAGCGCGUCGUAAUCUUGCAAGCUCCUUGUAGGAGUUUAACAACACGCGCCACGUGUAUUGAUAUCCGAAUGAUUCUGACCUAGACAAUUUGUCCGGGUUAAAAAAAAACGGCACAAUGGGUAGAUGACAGAAAAGUGAGAUACGAGAUGGCAGAAAAAUAUCCAACUGUGUUUUACCCCACGACAUCCGUAUGAUUGAGCAUUAAGUGUCUGCGUAAUAUGCAUUGCUGAGAACAACAUUAGGCACGUCUGCCACAACUUUGAUUAUAUAAGCAGAUCUAGUUCACUUUUCCCGACCGCUUGCUAGAGACUGAAAGAUAUCCCUGAAGAUACCUCGACAUGAUAUCGCUGUGGAUUUGUACAGGUUUGCUUGUGGUAGCACAAGUUGAGGAAUCAUCCGCAGCUCCCACAGAUUCUACAGAUAGCAUCUGUUACACUCGCAACACAACGAACGGAAAGUGCUGUGUGUUUCCAUUCACUUACAGAGGCGUGGAUUACUAUGAGUGCACCACAAAAGAUUUUAGGAAGGAAUGGUGUUCUUUACAUGACGACUACGAAACUCAUGGGCAAUGGGGAUUUUGUGCAAAAGCGGCAACAAAACCUGUCUUUGACGCCAUCCUUGAAGCAACUGGAGAAAAUGGCAGGUCCAGAGAUGGAAGGGAAGAUUUGUUUCAAGGUGAUAUAAUCAUGAGCGAUACAAUACGUAACAGCCUCAAGAGCCGAGGGAUCUUGGUGCCUCCUAAGAGGGUUGUAAAACCUCAAAGUAGACAAAAAAGGGCGAUCAUGAAGGUGCCGUCUAGUCAAGGCGACCUUCGAUGGCGUUUUGGUAGUACUGGAAAGUUCCGAGAAGUUCCCUAUUACAUUACAAGCUCCAACUAUAAUGUGCGUGGAGUUAUCCUGCGUGCUAUGAGGCACUGGGAGGAAAGAGUGCCGUGCCUAAAAUUCGUGCCGAGUCGUAGGGGUCGUUACCUUAAUUUCUUCGCGGGUGGAGGAUGUUAUUCUUUGGUUGGCCGUCAGCGUGGCUCGGGGCCUCAGAAAAUCUCGAUUGGAAACGGUUGUGGUUAUCUGGGUGUUGUAGUACACGAAAUAGGACACGCCCUUGGAUUCUGGCACGAACAGUCCCGUCCCGACAGAGACUCUUAUGUGACAAUUAACUGGCAAAACAUCCAAAGAGGUAUGGCGUAUAACUUUCAUAAAUAUGGAACCAAUAGGGUAGACAGUCGCGGCGUCUCAUAUGAUUACGAUAGUGUUAUGCACUAUUCCUCAACGGCCUUCGCCAACCGCAGGGGAGUAAAAACUAUUGUCGGCAAGUACGGCCGCACUAACCUUGGUCAGCGGUAUGGGUUGAGUAAGUUAGACAUUCAGCAAGCCAAUACGUUGUACUGUGAUCAGUCGGUUACCAAGCCACCAGUCACCAAUCCCCCACCCAAGCCACCAACACCUCCGCCACCAGGUUGCUCUCCUGAUAGUCACGAUUGGUGUCCAUUUUGGGCCAGUGAAGGAUACUGCACUGAUUCACGAUACUCCACUUACAUGAAUAAAGAUUGUCAAACGAGCUGCAAGAGGGAGUGUCAGAAGCCUCCCAUCUGCAAAGACGAACACAAAUAUUGCGCAGGUUGGAUGAGAGAACCCGGUGACUACUGCAGGAAAUUCGAACCGUACAUGAAAAUUUACUGCAAGAAGAGCUGUGGAAAGUGUUAAUUAACACAAAUUUUAUCUUCAUUUCUCAUUCUCGAUCUAUGAUUACAAUUUAUUAUUAAAACGAGAUUUCGAAAUAAAGUCCUGAUGUUUAAAAACAAAUAACUCUGAUAGAAUAAGAGGUGUGGACCCUUCACAAAAAGUUACGUUUCUGAUGACCAUGUUCGAUAAUUUCACCUUAAUUUCCUAUGAGCAUCAUCUUAAAAAUUUGUUAGUCGUUUUUCCGAUAACCAAAUUGUCUAUUUUUCUGGUAUAGUUUCAUAAUAGGGUGUUUUUUUGCUUUUUUUUUUUUUUUUCUUUUGCUUUUCACAAGAAUACGUUAUUCCACGACAGGGUAUUUCGUGGUAAAUAUGUAAGUGUGAGUGAAAUUUUUCAUUAAGUAAAAUAAAUGCUGAUUUGCAUACGA